CCCAGAGCAAGCUGGGGAGGAAUCCAAUCUUCCAGCCAUGGAAGCUCACUACCCCAAGUACCUCCUCUACUGCCUCCUCAUCGCCGGUUCAUGGCUCCUCUCCUGCCUCCUCCACUUCCAGUACCUCCACGUCGCUCUCUCUUCCUCCUCCUUCGCUGCUCCCCGCCGCGCCGCGCUCGUCGUGCUCCCCGCCGCGCUGGACGCCAGCUUCCUCCCCGCCCCCGCCGUCGAGGCUGACGACAAGCGGUGGUCGACGUCGUCGGUGGUGGCGUCGUCGCCUUCGCCGUCGUCAUCUCCUCCGCCGCCGCCGUCGUGCGAGGGGCGGUACGUGUACAUGCUGGACGUGCCGUCGCGGUUCGACAUGCUCAGGGACUGCGUUCCCGGCUCGCCGUUGUUCGACGACAUGUGGAGCUGGUGCGCAAUCACCGUCAAUGCCGGGCUCGGCCCCAAGAUUGCCGGCAACGGCAGCGACGGCGACACCGAUAUCAUCCCCAGCACCGGAUGGUACAGCACGGACCAGUACGCGCUGGAGGUGAUGUUCCACAACUGGAUGCGGCGGUACGAGUGCCUGACCGGCGACCCGUCGGCGGCGACGGCGGUGUACGUGCCGUACUACCCGGCGCUGGAGCUGCACCAGCACCUGUGCGGGUACAACACGACGGCGCGCGACGGCCCGUCGGAGGCGUUCCUGCGGUGGCUGUCGUCGCAGCCGACGUGGGCGGCGCUCGGCGGGCGCGACCACUUCAUGGUGGCCGCCAAGACGACGUGGAUGUUCCGGCGGGAGCCCGGCGGCGGGGACGGCGGGUGCGGCAACAACUUCCUGGGCCAGCCGGAGUCCGGCAACAUGACGGUGCUCACCUACGAGUCCAACAUCUGGGCGCCGCGGGACAUCGCCGUCCCGUACCCGAGCUACUUCCACCCGACCUCCGCCGGCGAGGUGGCCGCGUGGCAGGCCCGCGCGCGGGCGGCGCCGCGGCCGUUCCUGUUCGCGUUCGCCGGCGCGCGGCGGAUCAAGGGGCAGCUGGCCAUCCGCGACCGCGUGUUCGACGUGUGCGAGUCCGCGGCAGCGCGCGGCCGGUGCGGGCUGGUGGACUGCAGCCACGGCCUCGAGGGCAGCAUCACCUGCCGGACGGCGGCGAAGCUCGUCGCCCUGUUCGCCUCGGCGCGGUUCUGCCUGCAGCCGCGGGGGGACUCGUUCAUGCGCCGCUCCUCCAUCGACUCCGUCAUGGCCGGGUGCAUCCCCGUCUUCUUCCACCGGGCGUCCACCCUCGAGGCGCAGUACCGGUGGCACGAGCCGGAGCCGGGGAGAGACGGCGACGGAGGCCGGCGCAGGUACUACGUGCUGCUCAACGCCGACGACGUGCUGGAAGGGAGGGUGGACAUCGAGGAGGAGCUGAGCAGGUACAGCGACGAGGAGGUGGCGGAGAUGAGGGAGGAGGUGAUCAGGAUGAUCCCGAGGUUCCUGUACAGGGACACCAGGGUGAGGUUCGAGGGGGAGAUGAGGGACGCCUUCGACAUCACCAUGGACGGGGUGAUGGACAGGAUGAGGAGGAUCAAGAACGGGGAGAAUGUGGUGUUGAAGGGCUAUGACGAUAGUGAUGAGGCGAUGGCUGCCAGUGAUUCAUGACAUUUGCUGAAAUUGAGUUCUCUUUUUGUGUACGUGUGUGUUGUUCAUGUGAUGGUACUAGAGUAUGUGUAGCA